UGAGAUUAAGGAUUUUGAAGUUGCGAACAUUCGAGCUCUGUAGACGAGCAGAUCUAAAACUUACAAAAAAGAAAAAGGAAAGGGGCACUGUUAGCUCCGAAGAAGUCACGGAUACCUAUUCAUACGAAUAGAUAUAUAUUUGUUUGCGUUUACAAAGAUACCGCUUUUUCUUUCGAAAGGGAACGAGUUACUUCUCCGUUUUAGGAACAAAGCAGAAAUCGACUGAAUACGAUCUAAAAGGAGACUUUGGAAACCUUUAUCGAGAAAGGAAUAAACAACAACACAGGAAGGAUCUUUGUGCUUUUUGUAAACGUUCAGGUCUUUUUAUGUAUUUAGACUUGUCUUUUUCCGCACGUCGCUCUACUAUGGUCAUAAUGGAAGUCCCCAGCAUCGACUGCGCCACCUUCCGAAAUCUGUUGGAGGGGGACGGAUCGGGCUGCCUUGUCCUGGACUGUCGCUCUUUCUUUUCGUUCAACUCCUCUCACAUACCAGGUUCGACUAACGUGCGUUUUAGCACUAUCGUGCGCCGGAGAGCCAGAGGUGGUCUGGGCUUGGAACAUAUUGUCCCCAACGAGCAAACUAGGAACAAACUCUUAUCUGGGAAGUACCAGGCGGUUGUGUUUCUUGAUGACCGGAGCUUGGACUUUGACCAUGUGAAAAAGGAUGGGACGUUAAUGCUCGCUGUGACCGCCUUGUGCCGCGAUCCAUGUGGCGCCAGCAUAUUUCUGCUUAAAGGUGGCUUCGAGACGUUUUCCUCCGAGUUCCCCGAUAAGUGCACCAAGCCGGCUCCUCCCCAGGGUUUGUGCCUUCCGCUGAGCGCCAACUCCCAGCCCAACAGCGCUGAAUCCGGCUGCAGCUCCUGCAACACUCCCCUUUACGACCAGGGUGGGCCGGUGGAGAUUCUGCCGUUUCUGUAUCUGGGCAGCGCAUAUCAUGCAUCUAGAAAAGACAUGUUGGACACCCUGGGCAUCACAGCCCUUAUCAACGUCUCUGCCAACUGCCCAAAUCAUUUUGAGGGCCACUACCAAUAUAAGAGCAUUCCGGUGGAGGACAACCACAAAGCUGACAUCAGCUCCUGGUUCAACGAAGCUAUUGAAUUUAUUGACUCCGUGCGGAACACCGGCGGCCGCGUCUUCGUGCACUGCCAGGCGGGGAUCUCGCGCUCCGCCACCAUCUGCCUGGCGUACCUGAUGCGCACCAACCGCGUGCGUCUGGACGAGGCCUUUGAGUUUGUCAAGCAGCGGCGCAGCAUCAUCUCGCCCAACUUCAGCUUCAUGGGGCAGCUGCUGCAGUUCGAGUCACAGGUGCUGGCCUCCUCCACCUGUUCGGCCGAGGCCGGCAGCCCCGCCCUGGGCCAGAGCGCCACGGUCUUCAACUUCCCCGUCUCCAUCCCCGUCCUCCCCACCGCCAGCCCCCUGGCCUUCCUGCACAGCCCCAUCACCACCUCGCCCAGCUGCUGAGGGGGGCACCCGCACCCGGACUCACCCCUCGGAGGGUAAACGCGCCGCCGUGGCUGUCGCCGGUCACCUUCCGGUCCAGUUAGGAGGCCCUGGUGCACUUGGGACUUUGACCUCCGGCUCAGGCCGCGGUCACGUGUUCGGGCCGCGUCGCAGAAGCACUAGACCCCCCCCCUCCCCUCUAAUGUGGCAGGGGCCACCGGCAUUCCUCCGUACGUCCCUGUGGGCAGUAGGCCCUGAACUGAAGCAUCGUGACUGACUGUACCAUUGAAGGAAAUGCUGGACUUGUGCUGAAAAGCUUGUCCCUCAAGAUGAAGGCCAAGAGGCCGGUGUGAGAAGUGGAGUGCAAGGGGAAGGGGGGGCUUGAGCAUUUUGCCCCCAUUUCUGUGUGUUCGGAUGGUCCUUGGCUUUGAAGUGCCAUGGCCAGGAUGCAUGGGGGGGGCAGUAUCUUCAAUAACCAGGCUUGUGUUCCACCAUAUAAGCUGAUACAAGGGGGAGGAAAUCCCCUUUGCCUCAUAAGACAGGAGUAUUUAAUGCUGUUGUUCACUCAGGUGAUUAUUUAUAUGUAUUUGGUAGUUUGAAGUCGCUUUCGAAGUGGCCUGCUUUAUUUGACACCAGCGAAGAUUGUUUAUCGCUAAAGCUAGCAAGAGGCUAGAUGCCGGGUCACUGCCCCCAGUUUAGCAAACAAAUGAAUGUAUUACCUUUUUUUAUCUGAAUUGCCUGCGGAAGAUCGCUGUCACAAUCAGACUGACCCUAUUUCUGUAACGCCAAUAGUUGCCUUUUUGGGGCGUUCCCCGAUCCCAACCGGAGAACGACCCGAAUAUGACCGCAGAAUACCUCAUGACUCUGUACUGCUGUGCAGUCCUGUGGCUGCUCCCCAAAAGCACGAUUCAGGGGACACCAAUCGCAGGAGACUGCUGUUUGAUAUGUAAUAUUUAUAAACCAAAGUAAUAUAUUUCUUAUGAUAUAUUUUUGCAUUUUCUGUUAACAUGUUUUUUUUAUACCGUGAAAUAAAAUAAUUUUUAUACAAAA